GCGUAGCAUCUCACAGAUUGCUUCUGACAGCGACUGUGUCCUUGUGACGGCUCUUCCUAUUUCUCCUGUUGGUGCACCAGUUGCGCGGCUCCUGCUGCUACCGACUGUACUGGGAAGUGCCAGCUACGGGUCUGCUACAGCUACAUACGGCGUUCCUGCAGCUACCGGUGGGUUUGCUGCAGCCUGCAGCUACCGGUCGGUUGGCUGCAGCUUCCAGUCUGCUAGUGGUAGCUGGCUCCAGCUGCUAGCUUGCAUUGUCUGUACAGCCGAAGCAAAGGCUGGUAGCAGCAGCAUCUACUGAGUGCUGACGGGAGAGACCGAGGACAAUGGGGUCGAGACAGAGGAAAAUGGGGUCGUCGGCCAGGCUUUUCCUAGCAGCGGCCAUCGCCGUCGUGGCCAUGGCUGGCUUCCUCGUCGGCGGAGCGAGGGGUUUCAGCAUGUGUAAUCAUCUUCUGGGGGCUCAGGGACCGUGGAUAAAUGCUCACGCUACCUUCUACGACAAUGGCGGUCGUGGUGGAGCUUGCGGCUAUGGCAGUCUCGGCAGCCAGCUGUUCUCGAACCGAUUUGCUGCAGGCUCGCCGGCUGUCUAUUUAGGAGGAUUGACGUGCGGAAUGUGCGUGGAGGUCAAGUGCGUUGGGAGCCGAGCCUGCAAAGCCGGCAGCGUCCGGGUCACCAUCACCGACUUGUGUCCUCCUGGCGCCCCCAACACACAAUGGUGCGGUGGAGGGAAGCGUCACCUGGACCUCGCCAAGGGAGCUUUCCCGGUGAUUGCCAAUCCGGGGGCUGGGCACGUUCCUAUCCAAUUCCGCACUGUGCCUUGCGCACCAUACAAGGUCCUGACGCUGAAUCUGAGAGGCCACCAGUGGUGGCUGGAGGUCACAGCGGUGGGGAUUCCUGGGAGUGGAAGGAUUUUGAGGGUGGAGGUUGCUGGAAACGGCAGCCCUUGGAGGGUCAUGAAGCGCGCAUAUGGAGCUGCUUGGGCCACUGCAGGCUCUACUCUGCGAUCACCUAUAUCGGUCCGUAUUUCCAUAUUUGGAAACCUCUGUAAGCUGACUGCCAGGGACUGCAUCAAGGGACCCAUCUACAAUGGAAGAAAGGUUACGUGCGGAUACUCCGUCGGGUACUGAGGGCCCAACACCCCCCGCUUUCCCCUCCCCCCCCACUGACAACAGCACCACAGCUUGCUUUUCCUUCUUGCUGGUGGUUGCUGCUUCUUCUUUAUUUCUUUUAGCUUUUUGUGUGCACUUGUGAAUGCCACACAUCCUAGCCCUGCCGAAGUGUGUCGCUUCCGCAUAUUGAGGAAUGGGAUAAGCUGGUGCUGCGAUGGAAUGCUCAGAUGGGCAGACCAGUCUUCACUCCCAAGCGCGUAUCGUCACAG